GAAGUCAAGACAAAAGGCUUUUUUUGCACAGACAUGGACUGCAAGGAAGACAUCAGUGAUUCCGACAGUGGCAUCAUGCUACAUUCGGGCCCUGACAGCCCCACGUCCCCCAUCAAGGAGCUGCCUAUGUGUUCUGUAUUGUGUGUUUAGAUCCUGACUAAAAGUUAUCUCAGUGUCUCAAAGAGCAAGUGAGUGAGCUGUCUGUGUGUUCUACUGUAGGUUCUGCGUUUAGUUCCUGACUAAAAAGCUGCCUGUGUGUUCUUUGUUGUGCGUUGUGUGUGUCUAGCCCCUGACAGCCCCACAUCCCCCAUCAAGGGGCUGCCUAUGUGUUCUGUAUUGUGUUGUGUACUUAAUGUAAUGUAAUGUAAUGUUCUGUGUUUUGCGUCGUGUGUGUCUAGGACCUGACAGCCCCACGUCUCCCAUCAAGGAGCCUCCUAUGUAUGUGCCUAUGUGUUCUGUAUUGUGUGUUUUUUGAGUGUUAUGUAAUGUAAUGUUCUGUGUUUUGCGUCGUGUGUGUCUAGGCCCUGACAGCCCCACGUCUCCCAUCAAGGAGCUUGCGAGCCACACGCGGGCCAUGAGGAUGAAGCACCAGGCCCUGGAGGACAGGCUGGAGCUCUGCCUGCUGGAACUCAGGAAGCUGUGUGUACGCGAGGCCGAGCUGACAGGCAAGAUGUCUCCCGACUACCCCAUGAGCCCCGACGAGAAGCCCCCCGUCAUCCGCAGGCGCAUCGGCACCGCCUUCAAACUGGACGAGGGCCUCAUUCAACAGGACGGAGAGGAGUCGGUGCUGCAGUCCCUGGAGGCGGAGCUGGCUCUGCAGCGCCAGAUCUGCGAGGCGGCGCGGCGGCUCUCACUGGAGGAGCACAUCAGCAAGCCGGUGCGCAAGAGCCGCCUGCAGCAGUGCAAGCGCCAGGAGAGGAAGAUGAGGGAGCUGCAGGAGACCGUCUUCCAGCACCGCAUACGCCACGGCUGCGCAUCGCCACAGACCUGCCACGCCAAGCAGAGAGAGCAUUCCAUGAGCAUUUCAGAUGACAGCUCUCUCUCUGAUGCUGCCGCUAUGGAUGAUGAGAGUGACUUCAGCCCCUCCAUGAUGCCCUGCUCCGGCUCCGGCUCCAGCUCCCGCGAGUCUCCUCCGCCCCCGCUCAGCCCCUCCCGCUCCUCCUCCUCCCAGUGCGCCUCCUCCUCCCUGAGCCUCAGCGUGGCCAGCUCCACCUCCAGCCUCCAGGAGUACCAGCGCUCCCCCAUCCAGAACUCCCCCUGGCGGGAGUCCAGCCUGGACCAGCCCUACCACAAGAACUGCGGCAUUGGCGGCACUAGCCUGGACCAGCCCUACCACAAGAACAGCUGCGGCAGCAUUAGCGGCAUCAGCAACAACAGCAGCGUUGGCGGCAGCAGGAAGCCCGCCUCCGCCAGCAGCAGCCGCUCCAGCAGUCCGCCGGGUACCCCAGUGCAGGCUGGCGUGGACCUGCGUCUGGCAGACCUGCCCCCUCCCAUGCAGCUGGCCAACAUGAAGAGCCUGGCACGCCUGCCCGCUGCCACCAGCAGUGCCCCUUCCACCCCAGAGAUGCCCGCUCGCCGCCAGCUCUCACAGUCCUUCAGGCUUCCCAAGAACAGGCCCGACUUCGGAAAGUUCGGCUCAGAGCCGGCGACGCCACAACGCUCCGACCCAGCGCGCGGCCGUCCCAGGGUGCCCCGGCGCCACGUGGGCGGUGAUCUGCCCGGUGUGAGUGUGGCCUCUCCGGAGUACUCGCCACGCCGCCCGUGCCCCUCCAGCUCCGAGGACAGCAGCUCCGAGCAUUCCGUGCCCUCCUACACCAGCUCGCCGUGCCGCGACGCCGGAGCUCGGAGACCCACUGCUGCCACCACCCCUACCAAGGCCCCCGUGCCACCACCCUACGGGUACCACCUCAACUCCCCACACAGGGCCAACAGCACCGCCAACGCUGGCCCGGCCGCAGCAGAAACCAUUGGCUACAAGAACAACAGCAAUCACCAACACCACCAAAUACAGCACCAGCAGCAACCAGCUUCUAACAAUGAGGCCAACGUCAAUAGGAACAACGCCACCCUGCAGCGCCACCUUGUGGCCAAUAAUAGUAAUGAGCCCAUUGUUGAGAAGGUCAAUCAUCAUCACCACCCACAGGCGCUGCCUGUCAAUAACAACAAUGCCACACCACCAUCUGCCAACAACAAUGUGUCACCAUCUGGUAACACCAACAACAACACUGCCGGCAUCUAUAGGAACAACCAGCACCACCCUUCUCCUACCAUCCUGAGGGGCGGCUUGGCUAAAGAGAGCUCACCUCGCGAUGGUGAGAAGGACAAACCACGUGUGGACCCUCCACCUCCUCCUCCUAAGGGAGUGUCCACCUGCCCCCAAAACAACAACAAUGGCAGCAGCCCCUCCAAGCAGCCGGCCACGGCCCCGGCCCCGUCGCCCCAGAAGAGGGCGGUCGUCAAGCCCCCGCCCCCGCCGUACGCCCGGCUGGUGCGCACUCCGUCCCUGAAGGAGUACCCGACCCACGCCACCCGGCUGCUGAUGCCGCGCGAGAUGGUGUGCGAAGAGCUGAAGACGUGGCACCAGCGCAACAACAGCCUGCGGGCACCGCAGCCCAGACCGCUGGACAGGCAGGGAUCGCUGAGGAUCAAGAGACCUCCCACCACCACCACCGCCACGCGAGAGCCGCCGGCCUACAAGCAGCCUCCACAGGUGGUGAUUCUCCAGAGAGCUCCUGAUGGAACUCCCCUGCAGUGGUUUGAAGAGGAGGGAGCUGAGAUUGUCAGUCAGGUGUAAACCCAGAGGAUCCAUACAGGCAUUGUCAUAGCCCCCUCCCAAAACACACACACACACACACACACACGCACACACACAAUUUUUGAGACGGUUAACUUUUUCGACGUGUGGUAAGAAGAAGUGAGAAGAACUCAAUGGCACAUUCCCAGUCUCUACAUACCUGUACAGUGAACACGUACAGUACACUUACGUACAGAAAUGACCAGAGACUUAUUUAUUUACAACUUGGUUUGUAUGAAGAUUGAUUGAAGUGAAGUCAGGAGGACUCCGGUGAAGACCCCCUGGAAGAACUAUGAAGUGUGAUAAUAACACUGACCAGUGUUGAGUCAUUGAUUUAAAUGGCAUUUCUGCACAGACGACCAAUAUUUAUGAAUUGAUAUAUCUUUAAAAAAAAAAUAAAGUCUGAGACUUCGUUGUAAGGCUUUGCUGCCGAUUUAUUUAUUUUUUGUUUCGUUUUUUUGGAUGUAUUUAUACCCUACCACAGCAGGUGUUUCUUAUUGCUACCACUUUAUUACAUUCAGAAAAAAAGUUUAAGAAGUAUGCAAGCAAUUUCGAGACUCCUCUCUGUGUCUGGUACACUUUUUUGCUCUGUGACAAAAAAAAACAGGUUAUCUAUUUUAGUUGUUAGAUUAUUUUAAUCUAUUAUAUUUCUUUCUAUCUAUUCUAUUUCUAUUGUUUAUCUCCCUUCUUUAUUCUUUAUGUUAUUUAAUCGAGUAUUUAAUUGCUGCAGAUAUUUAGUGAAUUUUUAUUUAAUACCUGAUAUUAAAUUAAUGCUUUUGUUAUGGCUAGAUGCUGCUAUCUGUUAUACUGUUUAGCAUCAUAAGCAUGGAGGGUUUUCGGAGUACUGUGGGGAUGUCAUAAAAGGAAGCUCAAAAUGGAUGUACUUAUUUCAAAGCACACUGUACCUACAUAUGUUUGGCCCAGUACUAACCUUGUAGUAUCAAAUCACUGU